AUGGCUGGGAGAAAUCGCAUUCCUCGUGAAGUUUAUAAUGAUCGACGUGGAUUCCUCAUUGAAAGACCUUUCAUUCGUGGCCCUCCGAUGCCACAACCACCCCCACACCCUGCUUUCUUGGAAGACGAACUUGAGAUGCAGCAUGGUGAAAUCCGAAGGCUGUUGGGUGAUAAUCGUAGGCUGAUUGAAGAUCGCAUGGCUCUGCAGCAAGAGCUUGGUGCUGCAAAGGAAGAGCUUCAUCGAAUGAAUAUCGUCAUUGCUGAAAUUCGUGCAGAACAAGAUGUGCACUCAAGGGAACUAAUUGAGAAAGGCUUGAAGCUCGAGGCUGAUCUUCGCGCAACUGAACCUUUGAAGAAUGAGUCUGUACAACUCCGUGUAGAAAUUCAGAAGCUGAAUAAUGCCAAACAGGAACUUCUCGGGCAAGUCCAGACCCUCAAACUUGAUGUUGCAAGAUUGCAAGCUGAUCAUCAACAGAUUCCUCUUUUACGGGGUGAGAUUGAGGGCCUGCAUCAAGAGCUAAUGCGUGCUAGAGCUGCAAUCGAAUAUGAAAAGAAGGCAAACAUUGAGUUGGUGGAGCAGAGACAGUCAAUGGAGAAGAGCAUGGUUUCCAUGGCACGAGAGGUUGAAAAGCUACGUGUAGAACUUGCUAGUUCUGAUAAACGACCCUGGAAUGCUGGUGGAACGUAUGGGAUGAAGUUUGGUAAUCCAGAGGGGCUUUUCCUCCUCCAUACGGGGAUGGUUCUUUUAGCUGAACAAAAUGCAGAGUAUGAAGCUUACAGUUUUGCGCUUGCAAUAUGCACUAGGGUUGGUGGAUUAGAGUAUGUUUGUAGCUACUUUGGACAAAGGAAAAGUGCCGAUCUCAUAUUAGAUGAGUUAGAUUAUGAUACCGCUGUCUUUUCGUUUAAGCUUGUUGGAACUGUUGGAGACUUUUGCUCAUUGGGUGGUGGCACUAGUGACCGAAUGUGGCAGAAUGGAGAUGGAAUUGGUGGAGCAUGCAGAAAAAGUGUAAUAUCUUAUUUGAAUGCUUGGACGGACUUGAUGGAAUGUGUGCAUCCCAUUUUUCAACAGUUUAAAAUCAUGCGCUCUCUAAUUCUUCAUCUGACUUGUUCUGCAACACCAUUUACUCAAAGAUGUAAUGGCCGCCGCCAAGGAUACCAAUUUGCUUCUUCAUGCAUCGAGAUAAAGACUGGAAUUUCUGAAGGAACUGGCAUGUUGCAUUGCAACUUGCGAAAUGGCUGGCUACUAAUACACAUCAUAGGCAGACGAAUAGCUGCUGAACUUAUAACCUAUUACCCUGUUACAGUGUUGGUUUUUCGGUUCAAAGGAGAUGCUAAGCGCAGUCAAAGAUUGGUUCUUAGUGUGAUAAAGGUGAAGAAAGUUUCUAAUCUCUUUGGUUCAGCCCCACUUCCCUUCCAUCCCAUCUGUCAGUUUUAA